AUGUCUGCCACGCGCGAGCUCUGCACGGAACUCGAGCCCUCUUCCAAGCGCAUAAAAACUGAGGACUCUAAGUCAGAAAGCCUCAUGCCGUCGCAAUCUCAUGCGCUUAUGCCACGAUUCGAGCACGGACUAUUUCUUGCUCCUAUGGUACGGACAGGCUCGCUCCCAUGCCGUCUCCUGUCGCUCGAAUAUGGUGCGAGUCUUGUAUGGGGCCCAGAAGUCGUUGAUCGAGCUAUUAUGGAGACUGAGCGCGAUGUUGAUCCAACCACAGGUGUGGUUGAGUUCAGAAAGGGCGACAAGCCCGUGUUUUCAACACAUCCCAUCGAAAGGCCGUAUCUCAUAUACCAACUAGGCUCAGCCACGCCUGAGUUUGCUGCAGAGGCCGUAAGGAUUGUCACUCAGCAUGACGAUGUGGCGGGUGUUGACUUAAACUGCGGGUGUCCCAAGCCAUUUUCAACACUUGGCGGCAUGGGUUCCAAUCUGCUAAGCACGCCUGAUUUGCUCUGCGAUAUCAUCAAGGCCAUGCGACGCGCAGCGCCACCACACGUGAGCGUUUCGUGCAAGAUACGACUUUUGCCGACGCAGGAAGAAACGUUUUCCCUGGUCGAAAAAAUUGUGCGUGCACGAGCGAUUCGUGUGUUGACGAUUCACUGUCGAACAAAGCCCAUGCGGCCACGCGAGGCAGCACUUCUUGAGCGGUUUCGUGCAGUAGCAGAGCAUGUGGCCAAGAUUGCUAAAGAGACAGAACAAGAUGUCACGGUCGUAUGUAAUGGCGACUGUUUCAGUGUUGCGGAUAUUCCCCAUCUUCGUGAGCUCACAGGAGCGUCUUCGUUUAUGAUGGCCCGUGGUCCCGAGGCCAACAUGUCAUGCUUCCAGUCACAACGCGAGUGUACGGCGACGGUUCUUGCGCCGAAAUGGCUUCGUUAUGCAAUAAGGACCAACAACCUUUUUGGUAACUCUAAGUACUGUAUUACGCAGAUGGCUUUCACUACGACCGCUGGUGCGAAAGACACGGACGCUGAGAAAAUUUCGCCUCUGAAGAAGCGAGAUCUGGUUGAAAUACGCUCAGCACUGAGCGCGAGUCAGACACAUGAGGACAUGGCUCGAGCUUUGCACCUUCCGUGGCCGCUUGAUACCUCCGAUGUGCUUGAGCACCUGCAACGCAAGCUGGACGAACGAGCACGCUAG